CCCUUCCUUCAAUCAUGGCCGUCGUCGGAAUCGAUUUUGGUUCUCUUCACAGCAAGAUUGGAGUUGCCAGACAUCGUGGUAUCGAUAUUAUCACCAACGAGGUCUCGAAUCGUGCGACACCAUCCCUCGUCGCCUUUGGCCCAAAACAGCGUUCUCUUGGUGAAUCGGCCAAGACGCAAGAAAUCUCUAAUUUCAAGAACACCGUCGGCUCCCUGAAGCGUCUCAUUGGGCGGACUCUCCAUGAUGUCGAGAUUCAGGAAGUCGAGAAGAAGUUCACGUAUGCUACACUCGUGGAUGUAGAUGGAACUGUUGGAGCCCAGGUCAACUACAUCGGCGAAAAACAUACUUUCUCGGCCACACAGUUGGUAGGCAUGUACUUGGGCAAGCUUCGCGAAAUCGCCGCGAACGAGCUCAAGAACAAUGUUUCCGAUGUCGUCAUCGCUGUUCCUGGAUGGUACACUGAUAUCCAACGAAGGGCUGUCCUUGACGCUGCUACCAUUGCCGGUCUCAACCCCCUUCGUCUGAUCAACGAUACCACUGCCGUCGCCUUUGGCUACGGUAUCACCAAGGCUGAUCUUCCUGAACCCGAGAAUCCUCGCCAUGUUGUCUUCGUCGACGUCGGACACUCUAGCUUGUCGGCCUCCGUGGUCGCCUUUUCCAAAGGCCAGCUCACUGUCAAGAGCACCGCGUAUGAGCCUAAUUUCGGAGGCCGUGAUAUCGACUACGCACUUGUGCAGCACUUCGCCAAAGAAUUUGAGACAAAGUACAAGAUCGAUGUGCUCUCGAACCCCAAGGCGACGUUCCGCCUUUCUGCCUCGGCUGAGAAGCUCAAAAAGGUCCUGUCCGCCAAUGCCGAAGCUCCCCUCUCCGUGGAGUCCAUUAUGACCGAUAUCGACGCCGCCUCCAAGCUCUCUCGGGAGGAGUACGAGCAGCUCAUCGAUAAAUCUCUGAACCGCAUCCCCGGACCCCUCCAGAGGGCCCUCGAGGAUUCUGGCUUGUCGCUCGACCAGAUCGACGCGAUCGAGCUUGUCGGGGGAUCGACUCGUAUUCCAGCUGUCCGCGCUCGCAUCCAAUCCGUCUUCCCUGGAAAGGUUCUCUCCACGACUCUUAAUCAGGAUGAGGCCUGUGCUCGCGGUGCCACAUUUGCGUGCGCUACUCUGUCCCCCGUGUUCCGUGUGCGCGAUUUCGCGCUGCACGAUAUCGCUCCCUACCCCAUCAAGAUUCGCUGGGAGAAGUCUCCUGAAGAUCCCGAUGACGAUACGGAGCUGACCGUGUUCCCUCGCGGUAACAGCCUUCCCUCGACCAAGGUCCUCACCUUCUACCGCAAGGGUACCUUUGAUCUAGAGGCGGUAUACGGCGAGCCAGAGAAGCUUCCUGGCUCGAUCAACCCAUGGCUCGCGAAGCUGACGGCCAAGAACAUCCCUUCUCCCUCUUCGGGCGACCUCGCGGUUGUGAAGGUGAAGACGCGCUUGAACCUGCACGGCGUGAUCUCGUUUGAGCAGGUCUACACGGAGGAGAUUGAGGAGAAGGAAGAACCGAUGGCAGUCGAUGGGGAGCCGAGCACUGAGCCUCCGAAGAAGAGAAAAGUCAAGAAGGAUGUCGCUUUCGUCGCCACAUAUGGAAAAUUGGACUCCUCGGUCGUGGAGAAGUUCAAGGAGCGGGAAGCGCAAAUGCAGGUUGCCGACAAGCUCGUGCAAGAUACCGAAGACCGCAAAAACGCUCUCGAGGAGUACAUCUACGAUAUGCGUGCCAAGCUCGACGAACGUUACGUCGCUUUCGUCCAGCCUCAGGAGAAGGAGAAGCUCCUUGCCGAACUCCAGAAGGACGAAGACUGGCUUUACACCGAGGAGGGCGAAGAGGCUACCAAAUCCGCAUACGUUGACCGCAUUGCCUCCCUUCACGCCCUCGGCGACCCGAUCACCACGCGCUGGAGGGAGGCCGAGGAGAGGCCACGCUCGAUGGCUGAGCUCCGGGAAACCAUCAACAACUACAUGUCGCAGGCGACCUCCGGCGAGGAGCGGUACUCGCACAUCGAUGAGAAGGACAAACAGUUGAUCGUGGAGAAGUGCGCGACGGUGCAGAAGUGGCUCGAGGACCAGAACGUGCGACAGGCGGAGCGGGCGAAGAACACAGACCCCAUCUUGACGGUCGCAGAGAUCCAGAAGAAACGCGAGGAGGUCAUCUUCUUUGCUACCCCCAUCCUCACCCGCCCCAAGCCCAGGCCCCCGAAGGUCGAGGGCGUGGAGACGCCCAAGAGCGGCACGGAGACGCCUAAUCCGCCUCCGAAGUCAGAGAUUCCCCAGCCGGAGCAGGGGCCGAGCGAGAUGGAUAUAGAUUAGAGGAGUGAUGUGGAUUCGAACGUUUUUUGUUGCUUUGUUCCAUUAAUGCGAGCCAUGUAGUGAUACAGUUUACAAGCAGUCAAUCGUCGUCCAAUGUGCUAGAAUAGAUUCUAGAGCGUUGUUUGGACUCUAUGAUGCAAAAAAAGCGAACAUUGUAGGUUG